AAAGUUCUCACAUUUUGUGCCUUACAUCUUCCACGGUCCGCUGGAUUCCAUCUGCGAUUGUAAUUAAUGGCCACUGCCAAUGACAAGGCUGUCCUGGAGGCCAUAUUCAGUCCUGCCAGCCCUUUCGGAGACCUGCCUUGCUUAGACGAGGAAGAGCUGAAGGACGAUGACGGCCGCUUCGAUGCGGAGCUCCUGGCACAGGUGCGAGGGCUGGAGAGGCAGGGGGUGUCGGCAGCGGAGCGCGGGGAUCUGCGCGCCGCGCUGGAGCUCUUCGACCAGGCCAUCGCGCUGCUGCCCCUGAGAGCCUCGGCUUAUAACAACCGCGCCCAGGCCCGGCGGAUCCAGGGGGACACCGCUGGAGCACGGGAAGAUCUGGACCGCGCCGUCUCUCUGAGCGGGGCCGCCGGGCGCGCAGGGUGCCAGGCUCUGGUCCAGAGGGGGCUGCUGCACAGGCUGGCGGGGCGCGACGAGGAGGCCGCAGAGGACUUCCAGAGGGCGGCCGCCCUGGGCAGCCCCUUCGCCAGGCAGCAGGCCGUGCUCCUCAAUCCCUACGCUGCCCUGUGCAACCGCAUGCUGGCGCAGGUCAUCCACAAACUGCGCAACCCCGACGCAGCCGAAACGCAGGCCGUGUAGGGCCAGGACAAAGAUGUCCGAGACCUUCAUCAACACAGCAACGGCUACAAACGACUGGAAGACAUUCAACCCAUCUAGCCCAUUGAUGCAAAGAUCUCUUCCAGCCAUUUCUGGGAAGAAACCAGGGCAUCAGCUUCAACAUGGCUGGGUAGCUUGUUCCAUGCUCCCAUUACUCUUUGGGUAAAGACGUGCCUCCUGUUCUUGGUUUUAAAUCUACUGUACUACAGCUUCCUCUUGUGCCCUCUGGUUUGUGUUUCUACCAUGGUGGUGGGAGUUGAUGAAGGUCACGGCUCUCCUGUCUCAGUAUAACUUGAGUCCCAGACAGACACACCUCUUCGGGAUGGUGAACCGUGUGUAACUCCAGGCGUUAAAGGAUUAUGUGGGGGUUCAAGGCACAGUGAAUAAACUUCUCACAAUAAGCAGA